GCUAAAUUAGUAUAAAUUGAGAGAAUUUGGAAGAAAAGCAUUGUUCUAUGCGCGUGGAGGCUGGAGCAACUUCGGACGAAAAGCAUUUUUACUUGACGCUCGCAAGUUGUAGAUCCUAACACCACAAAAUCAAAAGUUUGAAACUGGCAUCAACUGCCCGCCGCGUAAACCAACAUAAGUCUGUUUGAAAUCCCAACGCAACCAACCCAGAUUGACUUUUAUCGCAGAUUGGUCGACUAUUCGCCUAAUUACUCUUUUCUCUCAUUCCAAGUGCCGACCUUGACAGGUGCAGUGAGUUCUUUCUCUCCUCUUUUGCCUUUGUUUAAUGUAAAAAAAAAAAAAAGAUUUCUGUUUGAACUUAAAGUAAAUUGAUAGGAAAACACUUUUUAUUGACAAAUCUGAUGUGCUGGUUCUUUGUGGAUUUAGUGUUUGCUCUCAUCUGUAUCUUUCGUCUUCAUUCAAUCGAAUUCUUUCUUGGUAACCCAGAAAAAAAAAGGAAUAUGGAAAACACCUCUUAUGACAAAAUUGAGUUUGGGUUUUGUGGCAUGAUGUGAAAUUACUAUGAAAAGUCUUUGGUAGCAAUUUGUAAUGGGAAUUGAUGACAGGUCAAACAAUGCCAAAGGUGAAGACAAACCGUGUAAAAUAUCCUGAAGGAUGGGAAUUGAUUGAGUCAACGCUUCGUGAACUUCAAGCAAAGAUGAGAGAAGCUGAGAAUGAUCCUCAUGAAGGUAAGAGAAAAUGUGAGACAUUGUGGCCUAUUUUCAAAAUUGUGCAUCAGAAAAGCCGCUAUAUUUUUUACCUUUACCACCGGCGGAAGGAAAUUUCUAAGGAAUUGUAUGAGUUCUGCUUGGACCAAGGCUAUGCUGACCGUAAUCUUAUUGCAAAAUGGAAGAAGCCGGGUUACGAACGUUUGUGUUGCUUGAGGUGCAUGCAGCCGCGGGAUCACAACUUUGCUACAGCCUGUGUCUGCCGUGUGCCCAAACACUUGAGGGAAGAAAAAGUUAUUGAAUGUGUCCAUUGUGGAUGUAAAGGCUGUGCAAGCGGAGAUUAGACUGCAGUGUAGCUGCUGCACUGCUCAUCGAUUCCUGUGAAUUUUCCUUGUGCUAUUGUAGUUCUGUACCUGAAUCUUUGCUAUGACUAAUGCCGUGUCCUGGAUUGAGAUAUAUUGGCCGUGGCAACUAACUAUAGAUGACAUAGUGAAUUUGACUUGUACUUUCUGCCGUUAUGAGGCAAAAUAAUGUGCUCGGCAACUUUUCUGAAAGAACAAUCUGAAGUGAUUUGAGACUUAUUGUAGCAGUUUGGUGACCUGCGGUUAUGUUUGGAACUUGAGUGUGUAACAGGUACCCGUAUGUCUAUGCAACGGGGACAUGUGGCUAGCACAUACAUGCAUGUCGCUUGCAAUGAAAAAAGACAAGUCCUUCGUGGGAUGCUUUCUGCGUUAGUGCCCCUCACAUAGGAGACAAGAAACCAGGUAUUGUUUGUUCAUGGCUGUACAACCCACUCUCUGACUUCGGCAAAUCAUUUUGCUAGUUGACUCCUAUUUUCAUAGCUACUAAAUUGAAAUUUCUUUCCUUCUUAGGUUAAUAGGAGGUAUAACAGCAUUUACUCUCGAA